AUGAUCGACCGCGCAAUUUUCGAAAGCCUUCAGGCCAAGAUUGACGAGGAGGCCGCCGUCAGAGAUGAACUCCGCGAUAUCGUGCAGAGUCUUUCGAGAAAAGGCCGAUCCACACAAGCUACGCUUUCGCGAGCUCACUCUACCCCAGCUGCACAGCUACAACCCGUCCUCGAAGAUGUCAUCAAGGAGAUCCUCGCGCAGAAAGAGGAAGUCUCACGCUUGAAGAGCAUAGCUGACAAGCACCCAUUCUACAAGUAUAAUGGUGUUUGGUCGCGCGAUCUGCAAAACCUUGUCGCCUCCAUCGAGCUAUGCGCCUGGCUCGGCGGGUUCCAGGAGUACAAGAGCUCCGAAACAGCUUCCUUCUUGACUAUGGAAGAGGUCGGCAAGUUUCUCGAGAUCCCCGUGAACCUGAAAGAAGAGGACGCAUUUCAUCUCACACUGGAAGAGUAUCUCCUUGCGCUGAUUUCCAUGAUUGAAGAGCUGGCCCGUCUUGCUGUCAACUCUGUUACGUUGGGCGACUACGGCCGACCUACUGUUAUUGGCAACUUUAUCAAGGAGCUGUUUAACGGGUUUCAGCUGCUGAACUUGAAGAAUGAUACGCUGAGGAAGCGGAGUGAUGCGAUCAAGUAUAGUGUCAAGAAGGUGGAGGAUGUGGUUUACGAUCUAUCGCUGCGGAAUCUGAUCCCCCAGGGACAGAAUGCUUAA